AUGAGACUAUUAAUCAAUACCGUUAUGUCCGGAAGAGCCACAAAAAGUGGAUCCAAUUCUUCGACGGGUAGCAGAAGAAGGCGUCGAAAUGAAGGGUUGUUUGCGUUGGGAGUCGGAGGCACUGUAUGUGUGGCUCUUGUCGUGACAGUCAUUGUCUGCCGAUAUGUCUAUACCGGCAAAGGAGUGCUCCAGAAAUAGUAGUCUCAGCACAACAUUCACUGAAA